CUAACGAGGAUGCUUAACUAGUAAUGGCUGUAUUUUUAGUUAUCUAUAGCCAAAUGAUUCUUCCAAGAAAACGGAUCAACAGGCUCAGUCCACCUGAAUGAAAUGAUUAAGGUGAAUUUCCGGUCAUUGUCUGGUUCACCACAUCAAUUUUAGAGCUUUUAAUUCAGUAAACGUUGCAUUGUGAAGCCAUUAAAACCAGUUGCUGCCUCCUGCUCUCACCACCGAUCAUGAGGCGAGACUGGUUUUUAUUUACACACCAGCGCCCCGAUUAACGGUGGUUAACGGUCGGUGACGCUUCGGUCCUGCGUGCCUUUGAUAAAAAAAGAAAAAAGUCAGCCGCACGUCAUAGUUUCAUUUCGAACCUCCGGGUCGUUCAUAUGGUAACCAUGGAAACACUCCUGCUGCAGCCCAUUGACGUCUCCGGGGUCAGCGUCAGCGUGCACGCGCACGUAACAUAAAGGAACGACGCCGCUCACGUACCACGUGACUCCCGCGCACGCUCAGCGCCGCCUAUAAAAGGAGCGUUUCUGACGUCAGCAAAGCUCAGAACCUAUAGACCUCGGACCCGAGAGCACGUCACUCACUUUGUCUAGAAGAGAGAAGCUUGUUUUUGGACUCCCGCAAGAAGAAGUGAAAUGGCAAAAUCCACACAGGAAUGUUUGGAUGAUUCUACUUUCAGAAUUGAGGAAGACUUCUGUAGGAGGGAAGCAGAUGUGGCUCAGACAUCUGGCCGUGCCGGACCAGAAGCAUCACGUCUUCGUCCUUCAUGAAGAGAUUGUAAACCAACUCAGACGUUCGCUUGUGGCUUUGGACCUAAAAUCUUCCGUCGCGGAGCUUUUCUGCCUUCUUCAUCCACAUACAGAAGCAAUGUGGUCGUGUGUGAAAAACUUCUUCACUUAUGAAACGACUAAAUCGGUGGUCGUGAAGAGCUGGACGAUCGGCAUCAUCAACAGGAUCGUGCAACUCAUCAUCAUUUCGUACUUUGUGGGAUGGGUGUUCCUCUGGGAAAAGGCCUACCAGGUGAGAGACACAGCAAUCGAGUCUUCGGUCAUGACCAAGGUGAAAGGUUUUGGGAUCUACAACAACCGGGUCAUGGAUGUUGCAGACUAUGUCACCCCGACACAGGGGGGCUCUGUCUUCUGCAUCAUUACUAAAAUGAUCACUACAGAGAACCAGGUCCAAGGAUACUGCCCUGAGAGUGGGAGGAAGUACGUUUGUACCCACAACAGCAACUGCACACGGUUCCUCCACAAGCCAGCAGACUACGGAAUUCCCACCGGGAGAUGCGUUCCUUUUAAUUCCAACGUCAGCAGUUGUGAAAUUAAAGGCUGGUGUCCUGCAGAGAUCGACACCAUCAAGACGGACCCCAUGGAGGAGGUGAAAAAUUUCACAAUCUUCAUCAAGAACAGCAUUCGCUUCCCGACCUUCGACUACACCAAAGGCAACUUUCUUCCUUCCAUGAAUGAAACGUACAUUAAGAAGUGUAACUUCAACAUGGGUCCUGACAUCUACUGCCCCAUCUUCAAAGUAGGAGAUAUUCUCAACUAUGCCCAGCAGAACUUCACUGAACUUGCUGCCAAGGGUGGAGUGAUUGGAAUAAAAAUCAACUGGAUGUGUGAUUUGGACAAGUCCGAUGACUACUGUAACCCCUCGUACUCUUUCACCCGGCUGGAUGCCAUGUCACAGAAGAGUACCGUCUCACCUGGCUAUAACUUCAGGUUUGCUAAAUACUAUAAGAUGGAAAAUGGGACGGACUACCGCACUCUGAUCAAAGCCUAUGCCAUCAGGUUCGACGUCAUCGUCAAUGGAAAUGCAGGCAAGUUUAACAUGAUCCCUACGCUGAUAAACAUGGUGGCAGCGUUCACAUCCGUGGGGGUGGGCACCGUGCUUUGUGACAUAAUACUGCUAAACUUCCUGAAAGGUGCCGAGCAGUACAAGGCGAAGAAGUUUGAAGAGGUCUCAGACGACCCCCUGGACUCCCACAGCAACGGCUUGUAUCGCUCUCAGCUGUCACUCAGACAAACAACCUUCAAGUCCAGUGACUCGGGAGCAUUUUCUAUUGAACAUUACAGCUAGGCUAGGCUAGGCUAGGCUAGGCUAGGCUAAGCUAGGCCAGGGUCAGUAGAAACAGCAGCAAAGACACAAUCAUGAAACGUUUGCAAUAUUAAAGCAUGACUGUCUGUGCAUGGUGACAUUUUAUCAGAUGAAACUAGGAUAUUUUUGGGCUAGCGGACUUUUUAAAAAGCAGAAAGAGACGUAAAUGAAAGGAGCAAUAAAAAGACAGCUAACGUUUGGGUUCUCUUUAAAAGGCCAGUCCUGUUUCGUGUAGCCACAACAUAAUAAAUAACAGAAUUAUUGGACUUUGUUCACGGUAUCCACCCCCCCUCCAAACAUUAACCCCAGUCAGGCUGGACUGGAAGCAACAUAGCGCUGAACCAGCACAUCGCGGCUUUUUAUCGGAGCAUUUAGGAGUGAAUUUGAGUGUUAAUGAUUUUGUUUUCUGGUUUUUCAGUUACAGAUUCAAUAAUAACUCAAGUCAUUUUUAUGAUAUAAAAGCUAAAACUGUUAUCUAAAAGUUGAAAACUUUUAUACUACAAAUUUAAAAUAUGGUAAUCCUUUAAGGCUUCAACUAAAACUACACUAUACACACACACAUAUAUAUAUAAAGAUGUAAUCUACAGUAAUGAACAUCUACGACAUUUGUAAAGCAGCAGUAUUAUUAGCUGCGUUUCUGAUUUUCAAUAAAAUCGAUAUGAAGUUGUUUAGAA